UCGGUUUCGGUUGCGUUUCUGUUUUCUGUCAGUUGCAUUUAAAGCUCCGAGCACAGCAGUUGCAGUCGCAUUUAUUUAUAACUAAAACAAAAAUCGUUGUUGAUUAGCAACAGAAAAUUAACGUGGUUAUACUAAGUUCCAGAUCGUCAUCACCAAACACGCCAUGAAGCUCAACGCGAGUCUGCUUCUCAUCUGUGCCGCUUUGCUGGGCUGCUCAACGGCCACGGAUGUCAGGCCAUGUCCGAAAUCUAAGGCAAAGGCUCUAAGUGCCAGCGAGGUGUCCAUCUCAAACUGCCCCAAAAACAAGUGCAUACUCAAGCGCAACACCGAGGCCAGCAUCCAGAUGAAGCUCCGGCCGGAACGUGACUUCCAAGAGCUGACCUCUGACAUCCAGGGCAUCAUUCUGGAUGUGCCCCUCCCUUUCCCCGGCUACUAUGGCACCAGCGCCUGUCCGCACAUCUACGACGAGGCGGGCGAGAAGAAGGUGGGCUGCCCCCUGAAGGCCGGCCAGGUGUAUACCUACAAGAACAGCUUCAAGAUCCUGCCCGUCUACCCCACCGUCAGCCUGGAGAUCCACUGGGGACUUGGCGACAAGCAGGGCGAUGCCGCCUGCUUCCAGAUCCCCGCCAAGAUCAAGGCUUAGUGCACUCAAUGUAGCUUUUAUUAGUGGUAAAUCUUAGGAGCUUAAGUAAUAGGGAUUAAGUAUGGUUAAGUUAGGGCUCCCAUAGCCGAGAGAGAGAGAGCGCACGCAAUCUGGUGGCCAUUAUUGCGGCAUCCAGCCAGUGACGCAAUAUGGCCAGAGGACUCCACCAGAACCCGCUCGGAAGAGGUUUAAUAAAAAAUUUCCACAACGAA